CAAAUCGACUCGCCGACCAAAGUAUGACUCGGCAUGUAUCAUUCAACCUUUUAAUCUACCUUUAAGUAAGUAAUUAAAUCUAUAAUCAUGAUGAUGCAAUCACGAUCCUACAGAUUCUUUUCCACUUAAUUAUAUUUAUCCUGAGCGUCCGGAGACGUGUUGUUUUCCUGUUCAUUCUCCCAUCUAUUUUUUUUUUUUUCCGUCAGACAUUUGUGUUCAUGUGGUCUCUACAUACAUACAGAUACAUACACAUUUCUCUUUACUAACUUUCACUCUUUGUUUGCUUGAUUUAAAUACAGUGUGUUGAUAUUACGUUGUCCUGGAUAGUGAACAAUUAUUCCAAACAAAAUAUUAAUACACAGUGUUGUAUUGAAACAUUAUUAACAUCACUGCUAGAAAUCAAGGUUAUCUUGGAGAUAGUUUCUUGAUUUCUACCUUCACUGCGUCUUUUUUUUUUUUCUUUUCAAGACCUCAUAUCUCUUCUCUCACUUUGAAUUAUUCAUCAUGAAUAUCGAAUCUUUUCGUAAUGAAGUAGAAAGCGACAAGGAAUGGAGAUUACGGCGGAAAUUUAUUGAAAAUAAUAAAAACAAAUACCCUGUCGAUCGACUAAUAUGUCUGUCUAUGUGCUACAUCAACCACGUGAGUUACGGUGUUACGUAUCCGGCUGGUGUCAUGAAACUUGUCAAACAUUUAUCUGAAGGUCUUCCUCGUCACAUUGAUGUUGUUAAAGAAUCGACUUUCAUUGGCUUCGUAAAAUCUGACGAUAAUGCUCUACCCACUACCAAAUCAGCUGAGGCCAGUACCUGUUACAGUAAUUUUGUGAAAGCUAACGACCUAACGAAUAACAACAAUGAUUCCGUGAAGGCAAAGAGAAAAUAUAGUAAUUUCGUUCAAUCAACUGAGACGGAAAAAUUAAAGCCUCUGCUAUCUCCUGAGCCAGCUACUAAAUAUCCUCGCCUCGCAAAUUCUGCAUCAGCUCCUGAAUCAGAUUCGGGUCCCCCGGUGACAAACAAAUAUUUAAAUAUAGUGAAAUUUGAGAAAGAAAGUGGAAAUGGAAAUAAUUCAAACACAACAUCUACCAAACAGCCAAAAUCUUCAUCAAAUAAUGUCAAAACGAAAGGUCGACAACAGAACAUUUCGGUUAAUGCCGAAGCUUCUAAUGAAACCACCACUAAUGAUACUGAAUCUGCUAAGAAUCUCCUCACUAAUUUAGAAAUGAAAUUUUAUUCUCUCUCACACAACCUAAGGUCUAUAAAAAAAGCACUACCAUCAGCCAAUUCCAUCCAAGUUAUACACGUUGCAGCAGAUAAAACAAAAAUGACAAUAAAAUGUGACAUUACUCCUUGCUUUGCUAGUGCAGCGACUUUAUUUAUAUGUAAGAUUUGUAUUAAUGACACCCACAUAGUCAGUGGAACUGGUCCCAACAAAAGAGCUGCGAAGCAUGAAGCUUACAACAAAGCUAUUGAAGUGCUUAGUAUGUCUUGUUUGAAAAUUAAUACUUUGGACAAUGGUCAGAAUGUGUUAGUUGGUAGCUCAUCCCCUCAACCUAUAGUUAGUCUUUUGAGCCAAUCAGAAGCAGCAAAAAGUUCUACAAAAUCUCGUGUAACUAAACGCAAUCAAAACGCUAGUCAGAAUGCUGGCAACAAACCAAUGCAAAAACAACCAAUCAAUGAUUGGAUUGAGUUUCUCAUAAUGUCUAACACUAUGGUCAAUGCCACUGCCAUUCUUAGGAGGAGUGCAAUUUUUAACAAGAUGCCUAUAGAAUAUGUGUAUCGGCCUGCUGUAAAUGGAACAUGUUGCCGUAUUCUUCUUAAUGAAGAAUCCAUCAUGGAAUGUGUUGCUGAAAGCAAAUUUAAAGCUAAAACAGCUGUCUCUAAAAAAGCAUUGGAUUGGCUGCAGGAGAGGUGUUGGACAAUUCACAUUAAGCAAACAGCUGACAGUGAUGAUGUCAGCCUUUCUAGAGAUGAACUGAUGAAUGAAAUACAGAAAAAACAACCUCAAGCCAUCCCAUCUGACAAUGUUGGGAAUCAGUUAUUAAGGAAAAUGGGUUGGGUUGGUGGGGGGAUUGGCGCAGAGGGCAACAAAGGAAUUGAAGACCCUAUCACUGUUGAUCAAGUUAUUGAUCGACAAGGUCUUGGUUGUCGGUCAGGUGUGUCUGCUCAGUUUGACAGUUCUAUCCAUGAUGUACUUGUUAAUUAUGUCAAAAGUAAGAACCAAAAUGAUCUUGUUUUUGCCACAAAUUUCUCUAAACAAGAAAGGGCUAUUAUGCACAAAGAAGCUCGCAAACUGAACCUUAAGAGUGUUAGUCGUGGCACUGGGGCAUCAAGAUAUUUGGUUAUCAGCCGGAAACGAAAUCCUUGUCAGUUGUUUAAUCACAUCAUGGAAAGUGGUGGCUCAACAAUGAAAUAUGAACUUAUACCACCAAAGAAACUACUCGAAAAAUAAAUGUCAAUAUUUUUGAAAAA